AUGCAUUAAGUUGAGGAAUUAAAUAGUUUUAAAGAAAAGUGCUUAGAUGUUUUAUAAAAUUUAAAAAAUAUCAAGAAGGUAGACAAAGAUAUUAUAGCUUAGAUGAAUUAUAACAUUUGCGCGUUUGGAGAGUAAAUAAAUGACUUUAUUUUGAAUAACGAGAAAUCUUCUGAUUAAUAUAAAGAUCAGAUAGACGAAAUGAUUUAGAUCUAUGAAUAAACAGCUCAAUAUUUAGAUGAUAUCAUUUACAAACAUAAGGGAAUUUAAUCAUAGAUAAAAAGUGAUAUCAAAAAUUCAAGCGUCAAAGAUGAAAAUUAUGCUUCCAACCAUAAAUUAAAAUAAGACAUCUCUUAAUUUACUUAUUUUAAACUUUUGGAUAAGCUUAAUGUGUUAGAAAAUAAUAACAUAGAGUUCAAGAAUUAUAGUUUUAAUUCUUUCAGCAAUAGAGAAAUGAGGAAUAUUUGCAAGAAAACUAUUGUAUCUUUUUUAAAUAGAAAUGGUGGUUGUAUUUACAUAGGAAUCAGAGAUGAUAGCACAGUUGUAGGAAUCAAGUUGGAUUACUCUUAAAUGGACAGUUUAAAAAGGAAGAUAAUAACUAUAAAAUCUGGAAUAUCUCCUCAAAUGAAUGAAAAAGUUAAAGUUGAUUUUGUUCCUAUCAAAUAAGGAUAAAGAUGGUAUAAAGGACAUUGGAUAGUUAGAAUUAUAGUUAAACAAGGUGAUUUAGAUACCUUGUAUUAUUAUAAUAAUUAAAAUGAUCAUUAUAGUCUUGAAAGUUAUUUUAGAGAAGAUGGAGCUGUUAUUAGGUACAAGAUACAAGAUUUUAUACAAGAAUAAUUAGAUAUUGCUCUCUAAAAAAAUCCAAAAAGUAGAGUAUUAUAUAAAUAGGAAUAUGCAUAAGCUGAUUAAGAAGGAUUAGAAGCUUCAAUUGUUUGGUAAGAUAAAGACUAAAGUAGUUUUAAAAGAAAUAAUUAAAGAUCAAUUGAGCAUUCUUCAAAUAAAUAUAGAGAGUCAAGCAAUUAAUAUUAAAUAUUUAAAAAUGAUAAUGUGCAUAAAAAUUAUAUUGAAAAUAUCCCGAAAAACAAUUUUAAUUUAAAUCCUUUCGACAAUAUUUGCAUUAAUGAGUAUGAUAUUAAUUAGAUAAACAAUUUCAACAAAUAAGAAGAAGUUAAAAAAUUUUAAUAAGAUGCUGCUUAAAGAAAGAAUCAAUUGAUAUCAAAAAGAGACAACUACCAAAACGACUUAUUAGAGUAAAAUAAAGAAAAAAUUUAUCAAUAAAAUGAUUAAAAUAAAUAAUUCAACUAAAAUAUCAAUAUUUAAAAUGAGUAAGAAAAAGUUAAUUGGCCAUUUUUUUAAAAAAAUUAAGAGUCUGAUUAAUAAAACUAGCUUUAGUUUAAUUAAAAAGUAGGAUAAAAUUAGAAAUAAAACAAUGAAUAAAACAAAGACUCCUAUUCAAACUAAUAAAAUUAAUUUAAUUACAAUAUUCAAAAUGAUAAAAACUUUUAACAAAUUCAAAUAUAGCCUAUUGAAAACCCAUCUUAAAAUUCUUUUCAACCAAAUAAUUAAAAUCAAAAAAAGAAGCCUAAAAAGUUUGGAGCUAUAUUUUAUUAGGCACUGUGUGGUCAAUAAUAAUAAAACUGA